GUACGAGCAGCCCAAGUGUGACAACACAGCCAGGGCGCACCCAACCAAGGCCCGGGACCUGUACAAGGGCCGGCAGCUGCAGGGUUGUCCUGGAGCCAAAAAGCAUGAGUUUCUGACGAGUGUCCUGGACGCCCUGUCCACGGACAUGGUCCACGCUGUAUCUGACCCAUCCACCUCAUCUGGCAGGCUCACGGAGCCCGACCCCAGCCAUACCCUGGAAGAGCGGGUGGUGCACUGGUACUUCAAGCUGCUGGAUAAAAACUCCAGCGGGGACAUCGGCAAAAAGGAGAUCAAACCCUUCAAGAGAUUCCUUCGGAAAAAGUCCAAGCCCAAAAAGUGCGUGAAGAAGUUUGUUGAAUACUGUGAUGUGAAUAACGACAAAUCCAUCUCCGUGCAAGAGUUAAUGGGCUGCCUGGGCGUUUCCAAAGAGGAAGGUAAAGCAAACACAAAGAAACGCCAUACUCCCAGAGGUAAUGCUGAAAGCACUUCUAAUAGGCAGCCAAGGAAGCAAGGAUGAACGGCUCCCAUAUCUGAGACAGUCUCUAGACACGUGGGAAUUCUCCCUCACCAAAGCGCAAUUAAAAAACGAAAUGAAAGCAUAUCGUAUUUGCACUUUGUACUUUAAAUGUAAAUUCACUUUGUAAAAGGAGCUAUUUAAACAGACUGUUUUGAUCUGUGAAAUGGAAGGCUGGCUUCACAAAAUUAAUCACAUACAAUGUAUGUGCCCUUCCUUGACCUUCAGAGCUGGGAGCUGGGUUUCACGUGCAUUUAAGCUUCACCUCUCUGUCCGCACGGUCAGCAGUCGGUGCCUGCACGAGGCUCCUGGUUCAGUCCUCUGUGUCCCCGCAGCGCAGCACCCAGCAGUCCACUGGCUCCCAGCGCUUUUGGCGCCCGUUGAAGCUCUGCGUUUCUGUAGGAGUUUGUAAUGCCGCGAAGUUAACGUGCACAGUCGGCCUGAUUCUUUGGGAUUUUGUGUUCGUUUGUUUUGUUUUUCAUUGUGAAGGUCUCACUCACACCACAGGUCAUUCGGCCACUAAGGCCUGCCUAACUGCACGUGGUGUCCUGGUAGGAAAGACUGUUCACACUAUCUUUGUGUUCCCAUUGCAAGCUUCUGUUUGAGUUUUGGGCUUGGAUUAAUCAUGCCAUUAAAUCUCCAGAGUGUUGCUCCUGCCGUGGCCGGCAACCCGCAGAGCCCUGCUUCAGAACCUAAGCCUAAUCCCAGUGGACAAACACAAUCCUGCCGGCUCAGCACCAGGUCCGACUGUUUCUCUACUCCACCGGGCCUUCCGGUCCUGCUGUGGCCAGCUGAGGGUCCACCGGAAGGGAAAGCCACCCCGUGCACACAUCACAGACUGUCUCUGCCAGGCACAGUCAUGCUGUACUGUGCUGAGGGUGUGGCGAGGAGGACUCUGUGGUUCCCUUCUCUGCCAGCAUCCCCAGGGCACAAGGACUUGCUGAUGGGGCUCAUCUAAGGUUCUUGUGAGAGGAGGGGUGGGAGCUGGAUGUCCACACUGUGGGCCGCAGACCGACCUGUGUGUAUGGCUGGUUGCUGCCGCCCUUAGACCUGAGCCCAGAUCAGCCUGUGCCUACUGGCCCAAGGACCCAUCUGGAGAACAGGUGACAGCUGGGGGCGGUGCAGACUUUUGGGUAGAAAAAUCUUCCUGGCCUCCAGUCUCACAACAUGGCCUGUUCAGUGAUGUCUGUGGGUCUGUGUAUAGCUGUUUCACCAGCCUUCGCUGACCUAAACUGUGCAAAGGUGACACCCAAGCGUUUGGAGCCCUGAUCCAAGUCAAGCCCAUGUCAACACUGUCUAAGAAACAGUCACAAUCCUAAAUG